UCCUCUUCCUCCCUGAAACUUCCUGCAUUACUGCCGUGCGGCUCAAGUGAACAAAUCCUUCGCCCAUGAGAGUUUUUCAACAGCAAAAGUUGGCUUGUGUCCGCCUCAGAUCAUGCAGCAAACGUUAAGACAAUCAACAGCCAAGUCUCGGAUUUUAGGAUUCUGCCAAAACCAACUGCACUAAUCUUCCCAAAAAAGACGAAAACAUGGAACAACCGAACAGACCUCAGCGCAAAAUGUCCACAGCCGGGGACAGCCUGUACAAGAUCCUCGGCCUGGAGAAGGGAGCGUCCGCCGAGGAGAUCAAAAAGGCCUACAGGAAGCUGGCGCUGCGGCAUCACCCCGAUAAGAACCCGGACAACCCCGAGGCGGCGGAGAAGUUCAAGGAGAUCAACAACGCCAACUCCAUCCUCAGCGACGAGAACAAGAGGAAGAUCUACGACGAGUAUGGAUCCAUGGGCCUCUACGUGGCCGAGCAGUUUGGGGACGAGAGCGUCAAAUACUACUUCCUCAUGUCCAAGUGCUGGUUCAAGGCGCUGGUGGUGUGCUGCAGCAUCUUCACCUGCUGCUGCUGUUUCUGCUGCUGCUGCUUCUGCUGUGGGAAGUGCAAGGCGCCAGAGGACGAGGAGAACUUUGCCUACAUGGACCCCGAGGACCUGGAGGAUCAGAUCAGAGCAGAGCACGAUCACGCAGGUGAUGAUGUUAUAGUUAUUCAGCCGAGCCCCUGUGCCGCCUCUGACACUUCAGGUGAGAACGCGCCCAUCGUGAUUCAGCCGCAUGCGGCCAACGGCACGUCGGGCCCCGGGCAGCAGGACCCCGCGGCCUGCCAGCUCACACAGCCCACCGAGGAGUGAGUCCUCUGGGCGCCGCAUCUCGGCCGGCGUGAUUUAACCAUGUUAGCACCGGCUGCCACGGCGAUAAUUUAAACCGAGCUGGUCAUGUCUGUAAAUUUCUGUGUGGUGAGUCUGAAUGUGGCUGUUUUUUUUUUUUCCCCAAAGACUGCAGCUGACAUGCAGAAAAUGUACCCGUCAGCGAGGGGUGUUUGUUUACAGCACCGAUUUGAUUGUGCCUUUGUUUUAUAGUGCCAUUUUUUUCUUCCCUCAAUGCGUAGACUUUCCUUCAUCCAAUCGCAUAUUUAUUUUUUUUUACUUUUUACUUUUGGGUUGAAAUCCAUACUGCAACGGCAGAUGACAAAAUCCUGUUGAAUAAAUACAGAUCAGUGCCUAGUAUGAGUUCUUGAAUGCUCGUUUUUUUUUUUUUUUGUUUUUUUUUUUAUGUGCACUUUAAGCUCUCAAGUUCAUUGUGAUUGCUUAUGAUGCCAAGAUGGCCUGAGAACACUUUGCGGGACGAGAUCUUUACUGCAGUGUCACAGGCUGGUGCAGGUUUUUUGAGACGGACUCUGCAGCCGACACGCAAGGCCUGUCGCUUGUCACGGUGGUUUUUGCUCACAGAUUCAUAUCUGCUGUGUGCACGCCCAUCGAUCCCUGUUCAGAUAUGCAAACCGCAUACUUGCAGAUCAUGUUCAAACCAUCUUGACUUUGAAAUUUCCUAGUUUGUUAGGAUGUUGAUCAUGUUUACUCGUGCAAAUUUAGCAGCUCCACUUUCAACAGAAUUUGAACAGAACCAAAUCAUCGGUCAUUAAGAGAGGCUGGUGGCGUUGCUAGAGGUUUUGCUCUGCCUUGCAAGUAGCCAGAUGCCACAUUUCUUAACUAUCUCGUAUGUUGAUGAAAACACUAAAGCGAAGCUGGCACAUGGUCUUUGUCAGGAGUACGUUGCAAAAAUAACCAAGGAAUUUUGCUCUGUGCAAAAUGUUUUAUGAAUUAUAUCGGCAAGACCUAUCUGAUCUGGUGAUGGAAGCAAGAUGAUUGUCGUGUCAAGGGCUUUUUAUAUCUACUUCAUUUUUAUUUUUUAAAGUCAAGACAAUGUACUCGGUGCAACAUGUGAGAUUUUUUUUUCUCUUUUUUUUGUGGGAUGUAACUACAGUCUUGUGAAAUGAUGGUACAUACUGGAAUUGUGUUUUUAAUGUACAUUCAGAGAUAUAUAUUUUUAAUCUGAACUUUUACCGCAAAUUAUCUGCUGAGCAUUUGAUCGAGUGUGAUGCUACAACUUGAAGUUAUGAUGACAGCCUGGCAUCUUGGUCUUUCAGUUUUCUCUCCUCUGUCAGUAGAAAUGUUAACUCAUUGGGUUGCAUUCCAGCUGCGUGUGCUCUCCAAACACUUGUGUCAAAUAGUAUUUGCGAAUAAUUAUCAGCAUUUGUUUUGCCAAGGCGAUGUAAUCACAAAGUUUAGACAGCUACAGACACUUUUUGAACUCCUGUCCUGUAACUAGUAACAUACUUGAGAUCAGAAUCGUGCUCAUGGAGUGAAACUCACUCAUCAGGAACUUCAAGUCAGGAUAUACUGUACAAUAAUGAUAUACAGAAACUAUGCAGUUUAAGUUUGCACUGGACUGAAGCACUCUAGCAAUACUCAACUUUUUUUUUUUUUUUCCAUUUACUCGAUUUAUAUAAGACAUUUUUUCCUGUUUAUCAGUUUAAUUGAUAUAAAGGUGUAAUCUCUUACGUCUCUGAAUCUUUCGAUGAUGAAUCUAAAUGAAUGAUCAUUGUUUUGUUCUAAGGAGUUCCAGACAUUCCCACUGAUCCUAUCAAAGUUUUAAUUUUUUUUCCAAACAAGUUGGUACUGUAAAACCUGUGUAUGAUCAAAUAAACUUGGGUAAUAUUGUAAAUGCA